AUGGUUUGGAGUUGGGGGAAUAAGGUUCUGGAUUUUGAUUCUUCCAGUAAUGCAGGCAAAAAUGAAGCCUCAUAUAUUAUUGCAAGUGGCGCAUUGGAUGGCACUGGAAGGCCAAUUACAUUCGAAGGAAGUGCUAUUGAUAUUAGCAUAACUUCUAUCGUAUCGAAGUUGUUUCUGUUCUCGUUAUGGGGCUCUCAACCUCCAAAUGUCGAAAUUUGGGGACUAGAAGGUCGGCACUUUCUUAGUGAGCACUAUGGCAAUGGAUGGAACAAAAUGAUAUCAUUCACUCUCGUGAACAAAACAUUUCUGCCUUUUCUUGUUAACCAAACCUUAAGUAGGGUUUAA